AGAGGGGGCAGCCACCCCGGGCCGCUGGGGCUAGGCAGCGGUGCUACCAAGAUGGGCAGGGGGCCUCUGCAAGGCCCCCAGGAAGACGCGCCCCUGUAAGCAGCUCGGGACCCCCCUUGUCCUUACGAACCACAAUGUGUCUGCGACUCGGUGGCCUGAGCUGCCAUGACUACAAGAAGCUGUUGAUGAAGACGGGGCUGGUCCUUCUGGUGCUGGGGCACAUCAGCUUCAUCGCGGGCGCCCUGCUGCACGGCACGGCCCUGCGCUACGUCACAGACCCCCAGGAUGCCGUCUCGCUGCAGUACGCCGUCUCCAACAUCCUCGCCGUCACCUCCUCCAUUCUGAUCAUCACCUGUGGGAUCACAGUCAUUGUGCUGUCCAGAUACCUCUCUCUCACCUCCCUGCGAUGGACGGUAUUUGCUGCCAGUGUGACCAGUGCCCUCUUCUCCCUGGUCUGCUCCCUCGGCCUCUUGGCCUCUAUUGCCAUCACCUUCGCCAACCAGGGCCGGUCACUGCUUGCCACCUGUUCCUUCAGUAACUCAGAGCCCCUCUCUCUGACGCCAGACUGCCCCUUUGACCCUACCCGCAUCUAUAGCUCCACCCUGUGUCUCUGGGCCAUCUCCUUGACCCUUUGUGUGGCCGCCAGUGCCUUCGCUGUCCGGGCAGCCCAGCUCACUCACCAGCUGCUGGAGCUGAGGCCCUGGUGGGGGAAGAGGAGUCACAAAUUGGUCACAGAAAGCACAAGCCUCACCGAGGGUCGAGAUCUCCUCAGCUGCACCAGCUUGGAGCCAACACUGCUCUGAGAGAUGGACUGCCAAGGUCUCGGGGCCCGGGAAUCUCCCUGGUCAGAUCUGCGACCCCCACUCUUGGAAAGACCCAAGUGGGCAGUGCCAGGGUCCCCAGCCCUAUGCCUGAAGCCUGCCUGCUCCCCACAACCGCCACUCCCAGCCCCUGGCCACUGGCCCAGGGCACAGCACUGAAACAAGACUUUAUUCUGAAGUUAUUAAAAAGAACAGAGUAAUUCCAA